UCCACAGCCUACCAGUCCGUGGUAAGACAGUCCAGAUUCUGGCAGCCAGUUCUCUUCCAAGCCUGUACGACACAACAGGAAAACAUGGCAAAUCUCGUCGCAGAGAUGAAUGAGCUCUCCGUCCUCAACGGCCGCUUCGCCGCCUACACCGAAAGGGUGCACGCCCUGCAGGAGAGCAAUGCCUCGCUGGAGGCCCAGAUCCAGGCCGCCCAGGCCAGAGCCGUCCCCUGCGAACACGGGACGUACCAGGGGAUGCUGGCGGCACUGCGGGCUCAGGUGGACAGCCUGUCGAAUGACAAGGCCCAGGUGGAGGUCGAGAGGAACAGCUGGCAGGCACAGGCCGAGGAGUGGCAGGGGAAGGCCGAGUAUGAGAUGUCUGUGCGCCCUGGGCUGCAGGCUGAGAUCGAGAGGAACAGGAUGGAACUGCAAGCCAUAACUGCAGCUCGAGUUGGCUUUGAGAGCAGAGCGGCGGCCGCUCAGGAAGAGAUCAACGCCUUGAGGCAGAGCCACGCCGAGCAAGUAGCUGGCCUACGGGAAGAGUUGGCUGCAACUGUGACUAGGGUGGAGUCUCUGCAGUACGUGGUGACGGGCCCAGACCUGAGCGACACCCUGAGGGAGAUCCGUGAACAGUACGAGGCCAUGAGCCAGGCGAACAGGCAGGAUGCUGAGGCCAAGUACAGGGAGAGGUUUGCGGAGAUUGCCCAGCAGCGGGAGGCAGCCAGCGAGGCUCUGGCAGCCGCCAGGGCAGAAAUUGCUGGAUUCCACAAGCAAAUCCACGCUCAAAGGGCCGAGGCCGAGUCUUGGAGGAGCAAGAACGCUGCUCUGGAAGAAUCCCUGGGAGUUACACAGGGCCGCCUGCUGACUGAGGUUGAAGGAUACAGGCAAAACAUCCGGUCACGCGAGGCUCAGAUCGAGACUCUGAAGCAGGAGAUCUCCCAGCACCUCAUCAACUACCAGGAGCUCAUGAACGUCAAAAUGGCGCUUGACUUGGAAAUUGCGGCUUACAGGAAGCUGCUGGAUGGGGAGGAAGUGAGGCUGUCUGCUCUGUGAGGCCCUGAAAGUCCAGACGGUGCCACAGUGCCAGUGCCAACACAGAGAAUGUGGGCCAUGUCAUGUGAGAACGCUACGACACGUCAAUAUGAUUUCAUAGCAAGUCCUUGAAUAGCUUCAAUAUUUGGUGUGGUAUAAAAAGUAUAGAUCUUAAUUACAGGGAACGGAAAUAUUGUAUUGGAUGGCUCUGUCUGUCCUAAUAGCCCCCGCGGGAUCGUGGGUGGGAGUUAAUUUUGACAGUUGAUUGAUAGGGAGCUCGAGGUCACGCCUUAAGGUGACGCGCCAUGGAGGUGGAAGUAAGUGUAUGCUGUGUAAUACAUCAACAUCCCCCACUUGAGUUACCAUGCCUUUACCAAAACCCAAAGCACUUUCCGGAGCUCUGUGAACUUGCACGUCAAAAAACUCAAUAUGGAAGUCUGAAAUAUCCGAUUCCCUGUUUAUUUUACGGUGCAUUACGACAUAGCUUAGAAAGCAUGCUUCUGACUGACGUAUACACUAUUCAAAUAUUUUAAUUCUAAAAGACCAGUUAGGUGCACAAACAGUUACGAUGUAUGUGUGAAUGGUAGACGUGAAUGAACUGAGUACCAGUGUAUGUAACAUCAGCACACUCCUGCACUCUUGGUCUGUGGUAUGUCUGAUAGAUCUAGGCAAACGGUACGCAAUAAAGAAAAAAGU